CGCGCGAGGGGGCGGGCCGCGUCUCCCGCCGGAAGUGUUCUCGCUGAGGCGGCAUUUCCUUCCUGCGCGAGGCCGCCCGAGGGCUUUUGCUCCCGCUGUUUCUGCCCCCGGGUUAACAAUCAAGAUGGUACAUGCUGAAGCCUUUUCUCGUCCUUUGAGUCGGAAUGAAGUUGUUGGUUUAAUUUUCCGUUUGACAAUAUUUGGUGCAGUAACAUACUUUACUAUCAAAUGGAUGGUAGAUGCAAUUGAUCCAACCAGAAAGCAAAAAGUAGAAGCUCAGAAACAGGCAGAAAAAUUAAUGAAGCAAAUUGGUGUGAAAAAUGUGAAGCUCUCAGAAUAUGAAAUGAGUAUUGCUGCUCAUCUGGUAGACCCUCUUAAUAUGCAUGUUACUUGGAGUGAUAUAGCAGGUUUAGAUGAUGUUAUUACAGAUCUGAAAGACACAGUCAUUUUACCUAUCAAAAAGAAGCAUUUGUUUGAGAAUUCCAGGCUUCUGCAGCCUCCAAAAGGUGUUCUUCUCUACGGGCCUCCAGGCUGUGGUAAAACAUUGAUUGCCAAGGCUACAGCCAAAGAAGCAGGCUGUCGAUUUAUUAACCUUCAGCCUUCAACACUGACUGAUAAGUGGUAUGGAGAAUCUCAAAAAUUGGCUGCUGCUGUUUUCUCUCUUGCCAUAAAACUACAGCCUUCCAUCAUCUUUAUAGAUGAAAUAGACUCCUUUCUACGAAACCGUUCAAGUUCUGACCAUGAAGCUACAGCCAUGAUGAAAGCUCAGUUUAUGAGUCUCUGGGAUGGAUUGGAUACUGAUCACCGCUGCCAGGUCAUAGUAAUGGGAGCUACUAAUCGUCCUCAGGACCUUGACUCGGCUAUAAUGAGAAGAAUGCCUACAAGAUUUCAUAUCAACCAGCCCGCUUUAAAACAAAGAGAAGCAAUCUUGAAACUCAUCUUGAAAAAUGAAAAUGUGGAUAGGCAUGUAGACCUGCUAGAAGUUGCCCAGGAAACUGAUGGGUUUUCAGGAAGUGACCUAAAAGAGAUGUGUCGAGAUGCUGCCCUUCUCUGUGUCAGAGAAUAUGUUAAUUCUACAUCAGAAGAAAGCCAUGAUGAAGAUGAAAUUCGGCCUGUGCAACAGCAGGACCUGCAUCGGGCAAUCGAAAAGAUGAAGAAAUCAAAGGAUGCGGCAUUUCAGAAUGUUUUAACACACGUUUGUUUAGAUUAAGAGUAAAGAUCAUUUGUACAGUUCAGUGAUCUAGUUUGGUGUGCCCUCUUAUCAGCAGAAACAGAGUAGAAGGAGUACUCUUUAAACCAUGAGGGAGUUCAAUGUUUAUGGUUUUAUACUCUGAAUUCUAAGUUAUUGAGAUACAGUUGUUAUAUAAAUGGUAUUACUACUUGUCAUAAAUCAUGAGGAAGAACAAUUUAAUUCAGCCUGAGCGUGGGUGCUUAUGUUUGACCUCUUUAGCCAUAUGUUGUUGCAGCCUUAUAGAAACUAAGCUGGUCUCAAAGUAAUAAAUGAUUUAUUGGGUCUUUAGUGAGAAAUGGGGAUGUGGUUAGGUGCUGGUUCUUAGACAUGUGAGUGUGUGUUUGUGUGGGUGUAUUAAAUGUAUAUAUAUCCACAUAUUUUAUAUUGACAUUCUGUAGAUAUGUUUGAAUACAGAAACUUUUUUUUAUCCUAACUACUGAAUCCAAAGUACCAAAUAGUAUAUAGCAAAACUAAGAAUUAAGGUUGUGUCAAAAAGGUACAGUGAUUCAGACAUUUCCAAUUGUCAUUUGUGUUAGCCUUUUUUGAGUGUUUCUCAGUCUGCAGUUGAUUAGUUGGAUCGCCCAUACCUGAAUAUAUACAUGGGCUCAAUUAUUCUGGUUGUCAGGAUAAUCAAAUAAAAUCACUUAUUCAGUGAUCAGCAUUGGAUGGUUGUUAGGCAGUCCUGUGAUCAACACUGAUUUUACCACUUUCUGCAAGCACACUGAGUAGAAACAUUUUUUUAAAUUUUAAAUUUAUUUACAUGAAAGGUGGAUUGAAAGUCUUUCAAAAGAAUAGGUUUGAAAAACCUCAGUGCCCUUCAAUACAUGUAUGUGACUUUCUUUUCUUCAUUUAAUGUAACAAAUAGUUCCGUUGUAACCAUGGUUUUUUUAAUGUUAUUUUAAAGUUAUAUGUUCUUUAAUUAGGUAAAAUAUAAUUUGGUCACCAAAAAUGAAAUGAUAGUUUAAAACAAGUAGCUAUUACUAAAUGUGCUAAAAAUACUCAUUUUGUAACUAAUAUUUUUAAGUUUUCUUAGCAUAUUAUAAAUUGUGCCCAGGUUAAGUACAAAUAUACACCUCAGAAUUCCAUAUUGUAUCUGUAGUCAUUUGAUGUGAGCUACAUGUGAAAUAUUUUUUGUUCAAAAUUCUGCUAACCAGAAUUCUGUUAUAGCCAUCUAACCACACAGCAUGAUGAACAUGGCACAGUACAGUCUUGAGAUACCUUCUGAAUCAUCAGAAAGAUUAAAUUAUGCUUCAUA